GUUGUCAUCAGCUUCCCAAACUUCUCUUCCUUGUCUUCCGGAAGCUGGGCCAUUUGGUCCGCCGCCGUGGAGUCUGUGGCCGCCGGAAAGCCCAGAUUCGAGAGUCCGGAGAGUAACCGGAAGUUCCCUCCCUAGGCCGAGGGGCGGUCCCGGCCGCUGCCCUGGCCGCUGCCCGGGUAAGCGCAGCCGAUGGGGCUGGGAGGGAUGCGGCCUACAAAGCGCAGAGACUUGCCUGUGUCGGGGGUAGAAAUGCAUGGCAGCACCCAAGACCCCAGGCUGAGCGUAGCCUCUGUUCUCAGGGUCUACUAGGACCUGGAUCCAGCCCUGGGGGUCAGAGGACUGACGCAAUGGAAAGUUAAAAGGAUAUAUUUUAGUUCACAAGAUCCUAGAGAUUAUAAUGAACAAUCUUCUAGGAGAGGGAAGAAUUGAGUGUUGUGAUAGUUCUGGACUAGAGACCUUUUGACAUCCAAAGUAAAACAGUCUUGAGUUUCUUGUUAUGAUAUGGAGAUACCAAAUAAGAAAAUAAUGUAGAUGGUGCUGGAAACUGGUAAAGGUCAACUCCUUAUGACUGAAAGGCUUGAAACAGAUGCAUCUUCCAAGUUGUUAUCAAAACAGAGACUAUGAAAGCAGUGAUGGGUCAAGAGGACCAGUGGAAAAGUCCCUAGGAGAGAGCCAUAGAAAAUGUGCACUUCAGAAGAGAGACAUAAUCAGAGAACUCCAAAAACGAAAGUAUAUCAUGUAUGCCCUCAGAAGGGUAAAAAGAUUUUUAUUCAUGUACAUGAGAUUACUCAAAUAGAUCAUCAAAUAUACCAGUGCCUUGAACGUGAACAAAAAUUUUGUGAAAACUUAACACUUAUUAUGUGUGAGAGAAUCCAUACUGGAGAGAAACCUUAUAGAUGUGAUAUGUGUGAGAAGACCUUCAUCCAAAGCUCAGAUCUGAUUUCACACCAGAGGAUCCACAAUUACGAGAAACCUUAUAAAUGUAGCAAAUGUGAGAAGAGCUUUUGGCACCAUUUAGCCCUUUCAGGUCACCAGAGAACCCACGCAGGUAAAAAGUUCUAUACAUGUGACAUUUGUGGCAAGAAUUUUGGUCAGAGCUCGGAUCUGCUUGUCCACCAGCGAAGCCAUACAGGCGAGAAACCCUAUCUGUGUAGUGAGUGUGAUAAGUGUUUUAGUCGUAGUACCAACCUCAUAAGGCACCGAAGAACUCACACAGGUGAGAAACCAUUUAAGUGUCUGGAGUGUGAAAAAGCUUUUAGCGGGAAAUCCGAUCUUGUUAGCCACCAGAGAACUCACACAGGUGAAAGGCCCUACAAAUGUAAUAAGUGUGAGAAAAGUUAUCGACACCGUUCAGCCUUCAUUGUACAUAAAAGAGUUCAUACUGGGGAGAAGCCCUAUAAGUGUGGUGCCUGUGAGAAAUGCUUUGGCCAGAAGUCAGACCUCAUCGUCCACCAGAGAGUGCACACAGGUGAGAAGCCGUAUAAAUGCUUGGAAUGUAUGAGAAGUUUCACUCGGAGUGCCAACCUAAUUAGACACCAGGCUACUCACACUCAUACUUUUAAAUGCCUUGAAUAUGAAAAAGGUUUCAGCUGUAGCUCAGACCUUAUAGUACAUCAGAGAAUUCACAUGGAAGAGAAACCACAUCAGUGGUCUGCGUGUGAGAGUGGCUUCCUCCUGGGUAUGGACUUUGUUUCUCAACAGAAAAUGAGAACUCAAACAGAGGAGCUAUGUUACAAAUACAAUGUAUGUGAUAAAAGCUUCCACCCGAGCUCCGCCCUUCUUCAACAUCAAACAGUACACAUUGGCGAAAAGCCAUAUAUCUGUAAUAUGGGUGAGACAGAUCUUGAGCUCAGCCUGCCACAAGCAUCUGAAAUGUCACAAAUGUCUUGACCAGAAAAGAAGUUAUACCACCACAUACACACUCAUACACAUACACACACACAAUGCAUUUACAUGUCAGAGAACUCACUAAGAUGAAGAUCUCUGGCAAAUUUAGAUUUUCCUCAGCACUCAGACUUGAGUGGGGACAAGAGAACUUACACUUGUAGGAAGUGUUAGAAAGGCUUUACCCACAGAGCUGUCUAAACACCUCUUCUGUUAGACCAGUGAAACUCCAGAAAUGCUCAGUGUUUUGGAAAACCAUUAGCCUGGUUCAAACUUGAUCACUCACAGAAGGAUUCAUACAGGUAGGGAACUCUAAUGUGAGUAUGAGAGAGCUUUCUAGCAGGGCUCAGCUCUCAGAAGAGAAUUCACACCAGAAAACAAAAUACCCUCAGUGUCAACAGUGAGUGCUUCAGACAGUAUGUACAUCUCAUUGGACUUCUGAAAACCCACCCUCAGGACAAGACCCAAUAAAUGUGGAUAAAGCUUCCAACAGAACUCUGACUUUCUUACCCAUCAGAGAAGCCAUAAUGCUGAAAAAUUAUAUAUUUGUCUUGAGUGUGGCAAAAAUAUUUGUUGGAGAGCCUUCAGUUUGUACCAAAAGGAAAAAAAAUCUGAAGACCUUAUAAGUAUCUGAAAUAGAAAAGCUUGUCAAUGAUCAGCUGUUGUGGUGGUAUAUCAGGGAGCUCACAUAAGUGG